CCACGCUCGCCGCCAUUUCUCCGUAUAAACAACGACCGGGACGGUUCGAGUGUGGUUCGUGUACAAUUUGUGUUGAUAAGUCGUCAAAUAUAUUGUGAAAAAUGUCCGAAGUGGAUUCCGCCAACACCAACAAUACUGUAGCAGAAGAAAACAGUUCGAAUGAAAAAACGCCCAAGGGAAGAAAGUCUAAGUCACCAAGAACGUCUACUAUAGACAAAACGCGCGAAGAAAGUGAAGCGUUAACUCCUCCAGUAGAGGGUAGGCGAAUGACAAGGUCAGCUGCAAAAGGGGUAACAGCCACUCCGCCGCCCCCUGCCAAAAAGGAACGCAAGAGCAGCACUGGUCGAUCUACUGGACGAGGUAGAGGGAGGCGCCCUAAAAAAGCAGCUCCUGAAGAAGAUGAAGAAUUACAAAAUGAAAAUAAAGAUACUGUAGUUGCUGCUGAAUCUGAAGAAAAGAAUGAAAAGGAAGCCCCCAAGAGCAAUGACUCUUCGGCAGAAUCUUCAGAAUCAAAAAAAUCUGAAAUAGAACCCAUGGAAACAAAUUCACAUGACGAAAAAGAUGAAACUGCAGCAAAUAAUAAUGCAGCUGAAUCUUCCAAAGAACCCGAAGCCACCGAGAACGGUGCAAAAGAAGACAGUAGCGCGGACGCCGCUUCGGAAGACGAAAAGAAAGAAGAAUCGAGCACAAACAAUAGCUCAGAGGAGACACCCGCGGAUUCGGCGGCGGCCGUAACGCCGGAAGAGGUGAACAAAGCCGAGAGUAGCAGCGAUCCUGCGACGGAGAUUGGCGACAAGCCAACAGAGUAAGAGGACGGUGUACGAUUUAGCACGGAGAGUAGCCGGACAGAAGUGCGGGUACUCGCCACAAGAAAACAACUUUUCUAAUAAUAAUGAUGUAGGUUAAAUGACAUUAAUCUAAUUAAAAAGAGAUACAAAAAAUGAAAAACUUGGUUUGUAUUUUUUUCUCAAGAAUUAAAAACAAAAACUGGAAAACUCAAUAGUAAGGUUUUUUUUUUUUAAUGUUUUGUGCAAAUUUCCGUGGGUGUGAUUGCGGGUCGACGACAGUUUUAGGAAGACGGGGUGGGUAGGUUAGGUAUCGACGUGUUCAUUUGUUUUCGGGUUUUGUUUGCGGUCGGAAAUUUCUGUCUGUGCCGUAAUGAAACGAGAUCGUUCGGUACCACGCCUACAGCGCGAACCCGAGUUUAAACUUAGUCACUGUAAAAACUUAGUUAAAAUGUAGUAAGUUUAGUAAUUCCUAAGCAUGUGUAAUCAUAAAUAUUAAAUUUAAGCGAGGUAGGACUCCCCAUUUUGGUUUGCCUUGGUUAUGUUAUUUAAAUUUUAAAAAUGGAUCAGUUUCAACUGGAUAUCACAAUAUUGCAAAUAAAGACUUGCUAU